ACAAACGUCAUUGUCACAAAAAAACCGAAUGCAACGAUGAAUUAGCUAUUAGGCAGACUAUAUAAUACAACAAAUUCUUCAAAAUUACUUAAACGUCGUUCAGCUUUAAGCAUAGAAGCAAGCGCUCUGCAAAGCAGUUGUGCAUUUGAAAUCGUUAAAUUUAUUUGGUCUUAAAUAUUUAUUUGGUGAUAUUUCUGUGUUGCAAAAUGUCGCAAGCUCGCUUUGCAUCGUGUAUUCCGCUCCCCAUUGAGCAUAAAGCGUUAGUGACCGUGAUAGAAAAGGCUAGAGACUGGGGUCUGAUGCAUGGAGUAGCCAUGAGAGAUAAGAAGCAUUUCAACAAAGAUGUUAUUCAGGUUGCACCAUUCGUGUUACUGCCAUCGCCAUUUCCAAAAACGGAAUUUGAGAAGGCUGUUGAGUUACAGCCUAUACUAAACGAACUAAUGCAUAAGGUGGCGCAUAACGAUGAAUUCUUGGAGCAUACAUUACAAAAUGCAUUGCAAGUUGAUGAGUUUACGAAGAGCUUAUAUGACAUAUGGGUGAAAGUACGCAAUGAGGGCAUAACACAGCCAAUAUCACUAGGGAUGCUGCGCUCCGACAUUAUGCUGGAAUCACGCUGUCCACACACCGAGAACCAGUGUGCUAAGCACACCCCAUACUGCUCCUGGAAGCAGGUGGAAAUCAACAGCAUCGCGUCAGGAUUCGGACACCUUGGACCCGUUUCCAGAGAAAUACAGAGAAUUAAAUAUUUGCAGUCGGUCAGCCUCGGUCUCUUCCGGUCCGAUUACCUGAUGCAGAACACGGAGAGUAAUAAAAUCAAGCAAGUGGAAUUUAACACAGUGGCCUCAAGCUUUGGAGCCAUGACGUCGUUUCUACCAACAAUGUCUCGCUAUAUUCUGAGACAGCUAGGACAUCCUGACUUAAUUAAAAAUAUGCCUGAGAAUAAAGCUCUGUCGGGCUUGUGUUCCGGUAUAACUGACGCGUACGAUCUGUUCGGCGUACCAGAUGCGGUGAUACUCUUCGUAGUCGAAGAGGUGUCAUACAACAUUUGUGACCAAAGGUUCCAUGAGUUCGAGAUUGCUGAGAAGAGGCCCGAUAUUAUGAUUCAUAGGAAGACGUUAAAUGAGAUUUUUGAAGAAACGUCGUUGAAUGACAAGAAACAACUUAUUCUUAUUAUUUUGUCCAGGGCUAUCAAAUGUCCGUCGAUUCAGUACCAGUUGGCUGGUACGAAGAAGGUUCAGCAAGCGUUGGCCUCGCCAGGCGUGUUGGAGAAGUUCAUGGGGUCCGGCCCCAGCACGUCCCGCGUCCGGGACAUAUUCACCGGCCUCUAUUCAUUGGACUUCGACGAAAACGGCGAGAGGGCAGUCGAAAUGGGACUCAAAGACGCCGAGAAGUUCGUUUUGAAGCCGCAGCGGGAAGGCGGUGGCCAUAAUGUAUAUGGCGCGGAAGUCCGCGAGGCACUACAGCGCAUGCGCCACAGCCGGGAGCGAGCCGCUUACAUUCUCAUGGAGAGAAUCCUACCACCACUCGUAAAUGAUCGCCCCGGUGCGACGAUGCCGCCCCCUGUCGUCGACUUAGUGUCUGAACUUGGCAUUUUUGGCGUUAUUAUUGGAACAAAUGAGAAGAUAUUCCACAAUCGCCAGGUAGGACACAUGCUUCGCACGAAGCUAGCGGACGCCGACGAAGGCGGAGUAGCCGCCGGUCUCGGGGCCUUAGACUCUCCCUUCUUAGUAGACAUGUAAUACUAUAUUAUACACAAAUUACAUUAUUUUAUUUUAUUUUUAUACACACACAUACACCUCGCAUAUACACUUUUUGAGUUUCAAAAAAAUACACACUCUGUUUAAAAAUGUACACACCUGUAUAAGUUUUCGAUAUGUAAAAACAACAGCCUGUAUAACUUUGCAAUUUGUGAGGACACUCUGUAUAUUAAACUAGAGAUGUCCCAUCUCUAGUUCGUAUCGAUUAGUUUUGGUGUCAUUAUAUUAAAAUUAUUAUUAAUGUGGCACAAAUAUUAUAAAAUAGCGAAAAAUGCGAUUAGUUAUACAGGUUAUCAAAACGAAAAUUUAACUGUUAUUCAGUAUUUUAAUUUAACAUACAUACAACAGUAAUAUUUGACUACAAAAAAUACCAAAUUGUGUAAGGUGUUCUAAAAUUAUCUGCCACGGCUUUAAUGGGAGGUAGUGUUGUGUUUGAAGAUUAUAAUAGUGAAGGAAUUUCGUCACCCCGGAUCAGUUAAUUCAAUUUGAAAACAUUAAGAAGUUAAAUAAACAUUGACUCUACUCUGCAUAACGUGGUUCUCAAAUACGCACGAUUCCUUAAUAAAAACAAUUGCUGUUAAAAUCGACGAAAAUUAACAAA